CCGGGUUUGGAAAUCAGUAUCUUCUUUCCAAUAGGGAGGGAAUUCUAGGGUUUAUUUGGUGUUCAUUGUUUCCCCUCGUGCUGUUAUCCAAGCGAUCCAUACACUCGUCGUCGGAAUUUCGAAACCUAAAAUUGGAAAUCCCUUCGCACUAUCAUCAACUUCAUUCAGUUCUGUUUGCUGAAGCAGAAUUUUCGAAGCCGCAGAUCGAAACCAUCGUUAUCGUUUACAGAGAAAGACGAUAUGAGUCGGUCAUUGGAUGAGCUAGGAAGUAAAGUGGAUGGCGCGAAGAAGCCCGUCUUCCUCACCAAAGCGCAGAGAGAGCAGUUAGCUAUUCAGCGCCGCCAGGAAGAAAUUGCUGAGCAAAAGCGCCGCGCCGAGCUUCUUCUGCAACAAGCCAGACUCCCUUCUACCGACGCUGCUUCUUCGGCUAAAGAUAACAAUAAGCCCUCUUCCGAUCAUGAUCGCGACCGCGACCGCGAUAGGGAUCACCACCGCUCCUCCCGCGAUAAGGAUAGGGAGCGGGAUCGCGAGAGGGAUAGAGAACGUGAAAGAGACAGGGAGCGUGACCGGGACCGCGAGUCAGAGCGCAGGAAGCGCGAAAGGGAACGCGAGGAUGAGGCCAAAGAACGGGAGCGUGCUCGACUGGACAAACUCGCUGAGCGAGAGCGGGAGAAGGAGCUCGAUUCCAUCAAGGAGCAGUAUCUGGGCUCUAAGAAACCUAAGAAACGAGUCAUUAAGCCUAGUGAGAAGUUCCGCUUUUCAUUCGAUUGGGAGAACACUGAGGAUACCUCCCGUGACAUGAACUCACUCUACCAAAACCCUCAUGAGGCUAGACUGCUUUUUGGCCGUGGUUUUCGAGCUGGGAUGGACCGGAGGGAGCAGAAAAAGCUGGCUGCAAAGAAUGAGAGGGAGCUCCGCGAAGAGAUCCGCAAGAAGGAUGGUAUUGAGGAGACUCCAGGUGAAGCAGCUGCUCUGAGGAAGAAAGAGCAGGCUGCUGAUAUGUAUGAUACUUUUGACAUGAGAGUGGAUCGCCAUUGGUCUGAGAAGAAGCUUGAGGAAAUGACAGAGAGAGAUUGGAGAAUCUUCAGGGAGGAUUUCAAUAUCUCCUACAAAGGUUCCAGGAUUCCUCGCCCCAUGAGGAGCUGGUCAGAAAGCAAGUUAACUCCAGAGCUGUUUAAGGCUGUUGAGAGGGCUGGCUACAAGACCCCCUCUCCCAUUCAAAUGGCUGCAAUUCCCCUUGGACUUCAGCAACGGGAUGUGAUUGGUGUUGCUGAGACUGGUUCAGGUAAAACUGCUGCAUUUGUUCUUCCUAUGUUGACUUAUAUAUCGAGGCUUCCUCCUAUGAGUGAAGAGAAUGAGGCAGAGGGUCCAUAUGCUGUUGUUAUGGCCCCCACACGAGAACUAGCUCAACAAAUAGAGGAUGAGACUGUUAAAUUUGCACAUUAUUUGGGUAUUAAGGUUGUUUCUAUUGUUGGUGGGCAGUCUAUUGAAGAGCAAGGUUUUAGGAUUAGACAGGGUUGUGAGGUUGUCAUUGCAACCCCUGGUCGUCUUCUUGAUUGCCUGGAGAGACGAUAUUGUGUUCUCAACCAGUGUAAUUAUGUUGUUCUUGAUGAGGCAGAUCGUAUGAUUGAUAUGGGUUUUGAACCACAAGUUGUUGGUGUACUUGAGGCCAUGCCUUCUAGCAACUUGAAACCAGAGAAUGAGGAUGAAGAACUCGAUGAGAAGAAGAUAUAUAGAACGACAUAUAUGUUUAGUGCAACUAUGCCACCUGCUGUGGAACGGCUGGCAAGAAAGUACUUGAGGAACCCUGUUGUUGUUACCAUUGGUACUGCUGGCAAGACUACUGACCUUAUUACCCAGCAUGUUAUCAUGGUCAAGGAAUCAGAGAAAACCUUUAGGUUGCAGAAAUUACUGGAUGAGCUUGGUGACAAGACAGCUAUUGUGUUUAUCAACACUAAGAAACAGGCUGAUACUGUUUCUAAGAAUUUGGAUAAGGCAGGCUAUAGAGUGACAACAUUGCACGGUGGAAAGUCACAGGAACAGAGGGAAAUCAGCCUUGAAGGAUUUCGGACAAAGAGGUAUAAUGUGUUGGUUGCAACAGAUGUUGCAGGACGUGGGAUUGAUAUACCUGAUGUGGCCCAUGUAAUUAAUUAUGAUAUGCCCAAUAAUAUUGAAGCAUACACCCAUCGUAUUGGUCGAACUGGGCGUGCUGGGAAGACUGGUGUAGCAACAACAUUCUUGACUCUUCAGGACUCAGAAGUCUUCUAUGAUCUUAAGCAAAUGCUCAUUCAAAGCAACAGUCCUGUGCCUCCUGAACUUGCUAGACAUGAGGCUUCAAAGUUCAAGCCAGGAAGUAUUCCUGACAGACCACCCAGACGAAAUGACACUGUUUUUGCUCAUUGAAGUCAAGAGUCUAAUGGUUUCAUGCGGAAAUACUGAGUUGAUAUGAUGAAUGAGUUGGUGGACUUGGUGGGGGCUGCCUUUUGGUUCUGGUAAUGUGCAUCAUUGGUUUCUCUUGGAUCUCUUCGGGAUAUAUUUUUGUCAUUGCCACAUUAUCUGUGGAAAGAGGUACUCUAAAUUCACCAACAUUGUUCUGUAAUGAAAUAAUUGCCAUUAUCAUAUGUAAUUUUAAACUGGUGGAGAUGCAUGAACAUGACCACUGCUUGGAUUAUGAAUGUGAACACUUGUUAUCCUCAUU